UGAGAAUUGGUCCACAUUUAUUUUACAUGGAGAAAUUUAUGAUUCGAUUCAGAAGAACAGAAAAAAUGAUAGGUCACCAUACCCGUUUUCGAAAAAAUGACGAUUUACCUCUAGACCGAGGUCCAGCUGUGAAGAAGCAGCUGCCACUUUUUGAUGCGCGCGCGCUAAUCACGCGGGAAAUUACGCGCAGUAGGAAUGCGCAGUACAAUACUGGGGAAUGACCUUAAGAGAUUUCUGUGCGGUUAGCGUGUGAGGAAGAAAACUGACAGACUGACUACACGGAGCAAAGAAAUUUCUUUGUGGCGCGCGCAUCCCCGCUCCGAUCCGCUGCGCGCGUAAGCACCUUCGAAGUAUUUAAAAUCUAACUGUUUCUAUAGAUCGCGUGGUCAGUUCAUUGAAGUGGUUGGUUUAUAAAUGCCAAUGCUGUAGCAGCUUUCUCCUUGAUCUUUUACGAACCUACCUCGAUUUAAAUCUGAUCAAGUAUUUUAAACUCGAGGCAAGGCGAUCAUGAACCGUGCAAAUGAACGUCCGUUUGAGGAUUUGGCAAAACACAUGCAAGGUUUACCUAAGUUUCACUACGCAGCACUUACUGGAAAAACAGAUUUACUUCACAAGUUGUUAUCGGACGAUUCAAUAAUUAUUUCCAGUGUUGAUAUUUAUGGGAGGACAGCCCUACACAUAGCAGCUUCUCAUGAUGAGUAUAGCAGUCUCAAACUACUGUGCAAGCAUUGUUGUAAAGAUAAAGAGACAUUAGAUCGAUCAGAUAGCUUUGGCUAUACCGCCCUCCAUUACGCGGUCCAAGGAGCUAACACAUACUGCGCCAAGCUGCUUCUUGAUUCUGGAUGUGACGUAAAUCCUACCCAACAUUCCAAGUGCACCCCCCUUCAUCUGGCUGCUUUAUAUGGUUAUCCUGAGCUGGUGGUUCUUCUAUGUGAACACGGCGCUAACGUCCAUGCUCGGAGUUCGUAUCAAGAAACACCAUUACAAAUGGCAACGCGAUCUGGCAUUCGAAUUCGGGAAAAACUGAAGGUACACUACACCACGUUAGCGCUCUUACUUAAGUUUGGCUCAAGUGCUAACGUAAGGGACAGUGAAGGUAUAUCACCUCUUCAUUACGUCGCCAUGCAUUGCGAGAGGAAAGAGUGUGCGGCCUUGCUGUGUGCAGCUGGAGCGAGCAUCAGAUACCGCAACCAUGGCAAUGUAACCGCUGUUCACGUUGCACGAUUUGCAGAAGUAAAAAACUUUCUCAGACAGCUCGAAAGGAUGCCACCAAGGCUUGAACAUCUGUGUCUUCUAGCUGUGCGACAGGGACUAAGAAAUGACCUAACAACUAAGGUCCAACAUUUACCUCUCCCAAAGCCCCUUAAAGACAAAAUACUCUUCAAAACGCUACCGAGAGUUUUAUAACGGAUUUGCGCAACACAGUUUUUGUACGAAGAUAGUGUGUACCCCGCUGGCUCAAAAAAUGGUUCUUAUGACAUUAAAGAAAAACAUCAUUUUACAAAGCCUUCACCACUUUUUUAUUUUAUUUUAUCAGUAAUAAUACAAUAAAAAUUUUACAAAGAAAGAUAACUCUUAUUCAAUUGAUAACAUUUAUAAUUGGGCAGACUGAAAAAUCACGGCCCUGCCGGUUCUACCUCACUAUAAUAUUUUUCGCUUACCUUUUUAACAUAGCAUGGUACAAAA